AUGGCUGACAAGCUGCUGCGGCGACCUCUGUACGUCUUUGACUUGCCAGAGGAAAUCCUGUAUACGCUACAGCUCAAGGCUCAGACCGCACCACCACCUCCCCCUCCAGACGCAGCGACGCCAUCGCCCUCCCUACCGCCCUCGCCAUCGCCCCAUGGUAUUGCGCAGCAGGAUGAUGGACCUGCAAAAGCCACUUCAUGUGCGCUAUGUGGCUUGACCUUCCCGAGUCUCUUGGAGCAGCGAAGCCACAUACGAUCAGACCUCCAUGGAUACAACCUCAAGCAGAAGAUACGAGGGAAGAAGCCCGUGGAUGAGAAUGAGUUUGAGAAGUUGGUGGGGCAACUCGACGAGAGCAUAUCCGGCUCAGAUACAUCGGACACGGAAGAUGAAGAAGAUGAGAAGAAGGACUCGACGCUGAGCGCAUUGCUGAAGCGCCAGGCGAAAAUCACCGACGGCGAUGCUGAUGAUGCGCCCACGCUGAAGAGAAAGCGUGGGUCAGGCAAGCCGCCCUUCCUGUGGUUCUCGACUCCGAAACUACCUUCCAACACCUCCCUCGGCGUGUAUCGCUCAAUCUUCACGUCGAAAGAGCAGGAACAGGAGGACAAGCUCCUCGAGAUCAUCAAGGAAAAGCAGCUUGCGCCUAAGCCGCAGCCAUCACACCAGAAGAAGCAGAAGUCUGCAGAGGAGGAGGAAGAUGGUGGAGGAGGAGGAGUGCCAUUGCCAGCAUCAAUGAUACAGAAAGGCACCAGCGCCGAUGGGCCUCACUACUUCCUCUGUAUGAUCGGUGGAGGCCACUUCGCUGGCAUGCUGGUCUCUCUCACGCCCAAGCUCACCAAAAAGGCCGGUGCAGAAGACAGGACUGCCACCGUCAUUGCGCACAAGACAUUCCAUCGCUAUACGACGAGACGGAAGCAAGGUGGCUCGCAAUCUGCAAACGACAACGCCAAGGGCAAUGCUCACUCUGCUGGCUCGAGCAUUCGAAGGUACAACGAGUCUGCUUUGAUCCAGGAGGUGAGAGAUCUCCUCGCGGAAUGGAGAGAGCUCAUCGACAGCGCCGAGCUGUUAUUCAUCCGUGCCUCAGGGACCACCAACCGGCGAACACUUUUUGGACCCUACGAUGAACAGGUUCUCAAUUCACGAGAUGACCGGAUCCGUGGCUUUCCUUUCAAUACGCGACGCGCGACGCAAUCGGAGCUGAUGCGGGCCUUUGUGGAACUCACGAGAGUGAAAGUCAGCACCGUCGAUGAAGCUGCUCUCGCGAAACAGGCUGCGGAAGAAGCUGCCAUUGCCACUGCGAAGGCCGAGGCCUUGGCCAAUAGCAAGAAUUCCGCUACAAAGCCUGCCAAGGUUUCGAAGGAGGACGAGGAGGCUGCUCUACACACUCAGCAACUCCAAGCACUGAUACGGCGCUCCAAAGCCCCUGGACUGCAAUCCUAUCUACAAUCCAACAAGCUCGAUUCCAACUUCCGAUUCUUCCCUCCUGACCAAAACCGUCAUGCCCCCACACCACUCCACCUGGCCGCCGCUUCGAACAGUCCCGCCUGCAUAUCGACAUUGCUGACCAAGAUCGGCGCAGACCCUACGAUCCGAAAUGAAGAUGGGAAGUCCGCCUUUGACAUCGCAGGUGAUCGUGCGACUCGGGAUGCCUUCCGACUCGCUCGGGCGCAAGUGGGUGAAGAACGAUGGGCAUGGGACAGCGCCGGUGUGCCCGUGGCUUUGUCGCAAGCAGACGUGGACGCGCGAACUGCACGGGAGAAGGAAGAAAAAGCUGCGGAAGAGGCGGCCGAGAAGAAAAGAAGAGUGACAGAGAUGGAACGCAUACGAAAGGAAGAUUCGGAGAAGGUGAAUGCUCGACAGGAAAAGAAGUUUGGCAAAGGUCACACGAUGGCAAAGCCGCAGAUGACGGCGGAAGAAAGGCGGGCGGAAGAGGCGCGGGGCAUGACGGAUGAAAUGCGCUUGAAGCUGGAGCGAGAGAAGAGAGCGCGAGCGGCUGAGGAGAGGAUGAAGCGACUGGCUGGGAAGUAG